GUCCAUGUUGUUGAAGGUACUGCACGAAUUGAAUAUCGUUGUGUAGCUAUGACCCGUUCUUUUCAUCGCGAAGAACCGCCUGCGUUUGCCCGCGAAGCUUCGCUUGACCCAAGCCCUGUGAGUUUAUUUACGAGAGACCUCUUGUCACAUUAUGAUGAACCGAGAUCCGAAGGAUAUGAUGAAUUCUUCGAUCCACCACUUGAAAGUAAAUACGAAUGUCCAAUCUGUCUUCUUGGCCUGCGAGAACCGGUGCAGACGAGCUGCGGACACAGAUUCUGUAAAGGGUGCAUUCUGCGUUCCAUAAGGUAAGCUUAAGCGUAAGCGAGACAGCCUGUAUAGGUAGAAACUGGUGUUUAAGCUAAUGCCCUUUAAACGUGUUUUUGGAACGUUCCAGUUAGGAGGUUUUGUUUUUUAACCGUUAUAAUUUAUAGAACAUUUUGCCAAUGUGGUCACACAACUUACUCAUGUCCCUUCAAGUUGAACUUAUACAAAGGUCAGUUAAUUAGGCCGUCGCCGUAGCUUCAUUGAAAUCCGGCUUUUAGGGGGCUCAUUGAGGAUCUUACAGCUGUAGUUUAAUUGCUUAUAAAUGUAAGAAGUAAUUCACAGGAAAUAAAAAAGCAGACAACGCACCAUAUUUGCCUCAUCUCUUGUUCACGAUUAUUUCUGCAUAAAACUCUUUACUAUGAUAUAUACUUAUGUUCAGCUUAAAAAUAGUGAAAGAUGAUCAUUAUCAGCACAGUUCAGAAGGUUUUACAAGUUAUUGUCUGUAUUUUGGCUUUAGGCGGACAUAAUCUGAUUUUAGUCACUAGUAACAAAGUAAUGUGUACAACUUGCUGCACCUCACAUGUAAAUAACCUUCAGAAAAACAGAGAAGUUGCGUGCAAAAUCAUAGGAAAACUUGAUUGUUUGCCCUUUACAAUAGGUUUCCAGCACGAAUCCAGUUAGAAAGUGAAACAUGACUUUUGGUGUCAUGCUAGUGGAAAAUAGCUUGUGCCCCAAAUGAAACUUUAGGUCUGUGAUGCAGGCUAGUGGAAAAGUUCUGGAAGCAGCAGACCUCCGAUGUUCCCAGUUGUAAUGUUCGAGUUGGAAAUUUGUGUUUCAUUUCUACAAAGCCAUCUUUGAUAACGGUUUCAAGCUUUUGCAACCAUUUUUUGGUAAAUGGAACUGAUUUGUGCAAAAGGCAAACACAUUUCUGGAAUGAAAUUUACCACUCCUUAACCAUGAUCCAACUGGUUUACCCAUAUAAUGAUGGGAUAACAGUGAUGUCACGUGGUUUCUUAAGGGGCAAGCAAGUGAUAAAAUCUGCUAAUACAAGUACCGUAUUUAUUCGAAUAAGCGCCCAACCUCGAAUUAGCGCCCACCUCGAAUAAGCGCCCAUCCUAAAGGCAGAAAAAGUUAAUAAGCGCCCAGCCUCGAAUAAGCGCCCACCCCUCCUCCUCCCAAUCAAACUCAAAUAAGCGCUCACCCCCACCCCACCCACUUGAGUGAAUAAAUUCCAAUAAGAGACUUCCCCGAGGACGGAGUUUUCUUCAGAGUAUUUUACAGAAACCUUGCUUUGUUACUUCUUCGCAUUUUGUUAUUAGCAUUGAUUGUUUUGUUGCAAAAUAAACAUACUUCACUUGCUGAUAAUGGUGAAAAUUUAAUAAGCGCCCAGCCUCGAAUAAGCGCCCACCUCGAAUAAGCGCCCACUCUCAAGGUCCAAAAAUUUAAUAAGCGCCCAGGGCGGUUAAUCGAAUAAAUACGGUAAUUGUGGUCAAGUUUGUUCAUUCUAAAACAACUUUUUAUCUUAAAGGCAAUGAUGAGAAAUUAUGGGUGGAAGUGAUCAUUGUUACUUUUUUGGAUGCAGUAGCGAUCGUAGAUGUCCUCACAGCAAGCAAUAAUGAUGUAAAACAUGUUGGAACUCAAAUUGUACCUUUUCAGGUUGACUAUUAAAUCAUCGUUUGUUUUGAGAGAAUAAACAAACUUGACCGCGAUUACUCAUAUUGGCAAAUUUUAUCAUUUCUUUGCCCACUGAAAUACCAAAAGCAUUGCUUGUAUCCCAUCAGUUCUAAAGCGUGUGCAAAGAUGGCAGGUUUAGUGAAUAAGGUCUAUUGAAAGUCAACUAAUAAAAGUUAAGGAAGGUACACUGUAAUUAAGUUGUGUUUAGGAACCUUAGGGGGUCUAUUGAAAGACUAAGAUCAAUUAGUAAAAUCCAACUCAGUGGUCUGUUAUCAAUGCUGCAUUCUCAUUGGUUGUGCUACCACUAGGCUAUAUGUUAUAGCCCACUAGUAGUGAUAAGCACAAGCUUGUUGGUAGCAAAAAAGGAUUAAAGUCUGUCUAGCUUUAACUAGCUAAAGUUGUUUGGUCUUGAUAGUUUUGACCAACUAGUUGGAUUUUACUAAAGCAAUUAUUCCUCGAGCCCGAAUGGGCUCUGAGUCAAUAGCCCAUGAGGCUGAACAUUAUCCUAACAAUUAUUGGUAUUUUAUUAUUGAUCAGGUAAUCUUGAAUAUUCUUGGGUCUGUUUCUUCUUGAGAUUAGGUUGAGUGCGUUAGUACUUUUUAAAAGUGCAAGUUAUUGAAAUAAUAGCAAGCUUGUGAUUUGAAGCUCUCAAACCAGUCUGAUUUCUUCUGUAUGCAUGCAUAACGUUAAUUAAUUAUUCCUUUGCUUUUAAGAAAAUUGCUAUUCAAGUGUGCUAGUGCAUAAAGAGGGUAUACAGCUAAAAUAGAUUAGUGCCUUGGGGAUCCAAAAGGUUAUCAUGACUGUGGAAAACUAUCCGUGGAAUUCACUCACAUUUCUGAGAAACAGUUGCUCAGAAAAGUGUUUUCCACUUUGCUUCGUUUUGGGCAGCCUUUUGGAAAUUUUCCAGCUAGGUAGCAUUUAUUGGUUUUAGUCUUUGCAGGGAUCAGCCAAUUGAAACUAAUGCACGUUGAUUUUAGCCUCCGUGCAGAUGUCUUCCAUUCCCGUUGGUCCAUAUUUAAAAGAUACAUGUAUGUAUAUAAUAUAUAGUGGAACCCCGCCUUACGGCCACCUCGUUAUUAUGGUCAGUUUUUUUCAGCCCAGCAAAACAGCCAUAGAUUUCCUUAUAAAAAAACCCUUGUUGAUGUGGCCACCCGUUUAUAUGGCCAACGGCCACAUUUUAAAAUCCCAAACAGUAGAAUUUCUUAUAAUUUAUGUUCGAAAUUUAGAAAAAUAAAAUGUCUGUGACAUGUCAAUUGUAUUGACGUAGUAAUCUGACCUAAUUCUUGUACCGUUUUUAGACUACAGUACACUUAAAAUGCACUUGUGGCGAUUUAUAGUCAAAGUUAAUAGAGUUCUGAAAGAAAAUUUAAAGUAUUUUUUUUCAAUUACUACACGCGAUAUCUACAUUCCGGUUAUUUAUUAACAAGAACAGUACGGUGAUUUUGUAAUUUCGGCCCUCAAGUCAUGAAAUUUGAGCCUACCCUGAUUAUACGGCCACACUUUUUUGGCCCAAUAGUGACCGUAUUAACGCGGUUCCACUUUACAUGCUAUUAAAAGUUUUGGUAAAGGCCAUCUGUCAGUUGUUGGCUUCUAUGUAUUACAUGUGCCUAUGCUAAAGCAGGGUUGUCAAAAGUAGCCGGCCGCCAGCAAAAAUCCCUGCCUACUUGGUUAGUAUUGGCCGGCUACACUUUUGCUUAUUCUGCAUCUAUUUGAAACACAAUAACAACAUCAAUAAUAAUUUAUUAUUAUUGUGUGUGACAACUCUUGAAACUGAAAAGUCUUAUUGUAUUAACAUUCGUAUACGUAUUUUCAGGUAAUAAUAUAUAUGAUGGUCUUUGUGAAAACAUUUUGUACAAAGCAGGAAAAUUCAGUAAAUAAGUUAUAUUGUUGUUUCUCAUUAGCUGCUAAGUCAGUGCAAAUGUUUGAAAUAUUUGUUAGAUUUUAAAUGUUCACUGUCUUUGUUGCAUUACUUUGUUUCCCAUGCUUUAGUUUCCAAAAGUGUUUAUUUUUUUAAUAAAUAAAUUUUUUGUUGUUCACUCUUUAAGGUGUCCAGCUGCUUUAUUCGUUAGCAGCAGUACACUCUUUACUAGGAAGAUUUAAACACCAUUUGCCAAGUAUAGCACCUCUAUUUAAUGCAUGACCGUUUGUUUGUUGCCUUGACAAAAGUGAGAAAAUGCUUGAUCAAUCUCAGAAGUGUCACUUGACUGCACUUCUUUCAAACAAUAUUGCUUUGCUGGCGUCCCUUUGUUUUACAGCCAACAGGAAAAUAUUAUUGUUCUUUAAGGAAUGAUUUGUUUUAGAAAAAAAAAAAUUCACUUUGAUUGCAUUUUGCAAGUGUAGGUGUGAUUGUGGCAUUAUAAUAUUGUUGACUGAAAUAAGUACUAUUUAUACAGUUAAAUUAAUUACAGAAGUCUCCAGAAGAAUGUACAGUUGAAGUACUGUCAACCCCAAUAAAUCAAACAAUCAACAGAAAUCAAAGAAGCUGGUUAGAGUUUUUGGGAGUUAGUGUUACUGGGAGUGGAUCCAGAACAAAUGACCAGAAAUAAGAAUUAAAAAACAGUGAUUAUACUGUGCUGCUGCUCAAUACAGUGUACAAAUACAGUAGAACCCCAGUAACUCGAACUCUGCUGAGAAACAGAAAACAGUUCAAGUUAGCGGGGGUUCAAAUUAUCUGGGUCGAUUGAGUGUCAAAUUUUCCAUCUUAAUAAUUAAUAUAUAGUCACUGAUUUUCCAGCACUUCAGUGUAUAGCUAACACAGUACAAAUGUAACGUAUUUCAUCACAAAUGGUAACAUGAUUAUGCUUUUUCUGAUAAAACUUUUGGUUUUGCACCAAUUAAAAUCAAAUUGCUGUCAUGUUAGUUUUAGUGGUUUUACCGAUUGUACAUCAAGAAGAGCUAAUGAAAUGGCAUCCGAGUGGAGUUACAAGAACGAGAAUUUGGGUUAUCAGGGUAAAUUUCAGUCAAAUUUUUAUCAGGGAAAGGUAAUUUAGUUCGAGUUAGCAAGGAAUUCAAGUUAUCCGAGUUCAAGUUAACCAAGUAAAAUUGAAUGAAAGGUGUGGUGAAAUCCAAGGGAAAUGAGACUUGGUUUGAGUUAGCGAGGGGUAAUCAAAUUAAUUUUCAUUAUAACUGUAGAGAAGACAUGUGAAAAUGGUUAGUUGUCAUAAUAUUGUCUUUCUAAAUCAAAGGGAAAAGGUUCAACAGUAUGUUUCCUUAUGGCAAGAAAGGCCAUAAGGAAAGACUGAUAUGUCUUGGCAAUGUCAAAAGAAAAAAAAACUUGGCUAUUUCAAAAUAUAUUUGAUGCCUUGGCCUUCUGUACAACACUGUUUAUUCUGACUUUUGUCAGGUCUUGAUAUUAACAUGGGAAAAGUUAUUACGGGUGAAAUUAUUACAAUCAAGGGUUCAAGUUAUGGAAGGCAAGAUCCCAGUUGCAUAGUGUGUGCCGGCAAAAGUGCAGGGAAAAUUGAUCUUGGUUUGAAAUAGUGCAAGGUUUGAGUUACCAAGGGUUGGAGUUAUUGAGAUUUGACUGUACAACAGUACUGAUGUACUUACAUUGCGUAAACAUGCAAUAUGGAGUGUAAUAGGUAAUAUUUGAGGCAAUAAAAUGCCUCCAUUCAACUCAUCUAUAUGGAUCAUUGUGAUACCUGUUGUAGGGUGUUUACACCAUAAAUUACUAAUAACUAAAAGGAGGGAUACAUUAAACUUUUUUAUGUUUUUAUGUUAGUUUUUCUCUAAGUAAUUUUCAAGGGUUUAAAUUACUUUAUUUGUAUUAGCCGUCAGCGUACCUCUGUCAGAGCCCCUUUUAAUAGGUGCUAGUUUGAAAUGAUUCGAGCAAGCUUUCAAGUGAAAAUCAAUUUGCUGUAGACAAUGAUUUGACAGAAUAACUAUUAAGUGUGGUAAAGCCUCGAACUGAAAAACCUGUUAAUCUUCCAAAAAUGAGAAAACAUAGAAAGCGGUUCCCUGAGACAGUAGCUGUUGGCAAUAUUGUACUUUGUCUCCUUGAAUUCAUUUGCCACCUUCAUUUUUUGCUUGACAAAAUUAUUGUCUCGAGCUUUUGCUUGCUUAUUUCUAAAGUAAAUAACAGGUUGUCAUUUCCUUCUAAUUCUUUCUAGGGAUGCUGGGCCCAAGUGCCCUGUGGAUAAUGAACGUUUAAAUGAGUCACAGGUAAUUAUUGACAACAGCAAUCUUUUAUACACAACAUACAUCUGUACAUGUACUAAAGAGUUUUGCUGCAGGUACAUGUUUGAAAAUGUUAGAUGAACAUCCACUCUCUCUUAUCUUUGAGCUGCAUUGUAUUUUUGGCCUCUUUGACUGUAGACGCUAUUGACCAAAAAUGAACGACAAAAUUGACUUGCCUUGAAAAAUGUUGCCAUAAUUAUUUAUUUUCAUAUUGUAGCUUUAUCCAGAUAAUUUUGCUAAGAGGGAAAUGCUGUCUCAUGAUGUUUUUUGCCGACUAAAGAAACAACAUGGUUGUCCUUGGAAAGGGCCCCUUAGCAAGUUAGAGGUAUAGCAUGUCACUUCUUUCAUUAAAUUAUUAUACCAUCUUUUUUUUUCAGUCAUACAUCCAGGUGUUAUUAACUUAAGUGCAGAAUCAUGGAUACGGGUGAUAAGUCAAUCUAUUAACAGCCAUUUAUUAAGCAUUCUUAUCAUAGCCCUUAGGGCUUUAUUACAAUGCAGUUCGCCAGCGUGACUAUCAGAUUUUUUCCUUUAUUAUGACUAGUGUAAGAUUAUAGUAUUAUUUGUGUAUGGUUUGCCACGUGUGGUAUCCACCAGAUCACUAUCCAGUGGAUCCUUAUCCACUGGAUAGAGAUUUACCGUAUUCCCUCGAAUAAUUAUGUAGCUGUUAGUUAAUCCCAUAUUGUAGGCAAAGCUAUUAUCCUUUAAUUUUUACAAGCUCUAAUUUGGAUAGUUUCAGAUAGGGCUUCCCUUUACAAACAGGCAAACUGUCCAAUUUAAGAAAAAUAGGACUCCUGGUCUAAGCCAAUCAAAUGCCAGAAAGUACAGUAGGCAAUGCAAACUAGCCAAUCAGCGCAAAGUCCCUGUGACAACGCGCCAAAAAAAGUUUCGUUGGUUGACAGUGGUUCGUUGGUGAACUCUCUUGGCUUCUUGUUCAGUUGCUGUGAAUGUCGUUUUGUUUUGCUGCUGUUUUGUUUUGGCUUCUUGUCUGGGCCAUUUAAAAGGAAAAUGUAUGACCAAACUGAUGAAAGUUUGAAUUGGAAACAAUCAAUGCAUAGAUUCUUGAAAAUGUACAAGCACAGAAACUUUGGACAAGAAUAAGAAAACACUGAUACUUGUGUUUAGAUGUUUGCAUUACAAAAACAAACAGACCAAUUCUGCGAAACUCGUUUUAGGUAAUGAAAGAUAUGUUUAUUUUCAAAAGUUUUUGUAUUUAAAUUAAGUAUUUGCGUUGUUGCUUUGUCUUCUUUGUACUCAAAAUUGCAGUUUUCACCUGUAGCACCGUAUCAUUCAGAUCAUUGAAGGAGCUUUCAAAAUUUUAAUUGGCAAUAAAAUGCCAAAGUAUGAAAGAGCAAUACUAGUUUUACGUUUGUUUAAGAAUAAGUUGAAUGACACUUAAAGAAUAAACCUUUUUUAGAUCUUGCAGUGUGUUUUUUUUUUUCAACUUCAAACAGAUGGGUUCGAGUGUACAGUAUUUCGCGUCUGUGAGAUGCUAAAAAAUCUUGAUUUACCAACAAACUAUAUAGUCAAUUUAGUAAGAGGACUACAUGCUUGUCCAAUUUGGAAAUAAAUUGAAUUCAAAAAAAAUUCCUCUGACAGCCAAUUGGGCUCGGCCUACGGCCUCGUCCAAUUUUGGCUGUCGUUGAAAUUUUUUUCAUCCAGUUAUUUCCAAAUUGGACAGCAUGUAGUCCUAUUACAUAUACUAAUAGCCAGGGGCAAUUAUUAUUAUUUUUGCACAAAAAGGGUGAUUAUUUGAGGGAGGCAAUUAUUGUAAAUAUUUCCGUCGAAAGGGGUGAUUAUUUGGGGAAGGUGAUAAAUCGAGGGAGGGCUAUUAUUUGAGGAAAUAUGGUAUUGUAUCCAGUAUAUAGUCUUAUCUACCUUUUUGAACAACUGGGGCCAGGUGUCUCUCUUUUUCUAUGAUUUGCAGUCUCAUCUCUGAUGACAGCUGAGGAUUUGAAUGAAAUAAAAUGUAAAUUAUGGGGUGGUGGGUCCCAGUUGCGCGAGGGCUGUUUACUAGCCUGCGUAGCAAGCGUUUCCAAUCUAGUUAUUCGCGAAAGUUACUGAGAGCGGAAGCAAAAAAAAGGUUGAAGGGGGAUGGGGAGGGGAGAAGAGGAAACGCUUGCCCGCAAACCCCACGAUUCUGGAAAACGCCCCUUGAUAUUUCACGGUUCGGUUCCAUUUGUAAAUUGACAGCUCGUCAAAAUAGAAGCAUAACGAACAGAUUACCCCUGGAUUACCAGAUUUGUAAAAUUACUUUGUUCUCUAAUAGAACACGUUGCAGGCGAUUGCAAGAACUAUAAUAAAAAAGAUUUACGAUAAAAGAAAGUUAAAACUAUGAGCGAUUGCUUAGGAAUUUCUUGUUUUUUAUUGUGUUGCUUUAUCUCGUCUGAAACCUUGUCGACACGUCAAAAAUAAUUUGUUCGGAACAAUUCACUCCGCCGGGUAUAAGUCUUGCAGAACGGCUGCUCUUCAGCCUGUGUCGAAACGUUCUCUACAAUAGAUGUCGCUAAAUUUCCAAUAAACAAAAAGAAUCUUUUCAUUUCAAAAAGCUGACAAAUCGCUUGUCCAUGGCGGCUUUAGCUGGUGUCGAGUACCGAUGUUCUGAUUUAUGUUGAUGUUAUCUCCAACAAACAGUCCAUUUUUUCCCGUCAGAUCCACACGCCGUCAUUCUCAAUAAAUUAGCCUUCCCUAGUCUCCACUGCUCGAUCUCCAAUUAUACUUUGAAGACUCUGAUCUCAUAAACCUUCGCACAAACACGAUUCCAAUAAAAAUCAGUCCAAAGCAUUUGUAAUCUGCGACCACAAAUCGGAUGAGACCAGAUCUCUGACGCACGAAAACAAAGCAUACCUGGUUUGAUUGAUGUUUUGAAUGCUAAGUAAUCAACACUACCCGCACCGCCCCAAUCAGAAGCUGCGUUCGUGGGCGAACGCAGUUUUUCAAAAUCGUGGGGUUUGCGGGCAAGCGGUUCCUUCGUUCCCCUCCCCCUCCCCCGUCAUUCAUUUUUUUUUUGCUCUUGUCCCAGCUUUCUAGACGAACCUCGCGAGGAAACGCUUGCUACGCAGGCUAGCUGUUUACCUAUAACCCCCACUAAGUUUUUCCUUUCACAUGUACUUAAUCAAAUCACAUAAUGUUUUGGUAAUCCUGGUUAAGUUAGUAUUUUCAUACAAAUAGUCAUUCAAUUGUAAUGUUGUUUAAAUUGUGAUGAUACAUGUAGUAUCAACCUUUUGUAAAGCACCUUUUCUUACAUAAUUUUGUAUACUCAAAUGGGUUAUAAUUAAUAGUUAUUUUAAUAUUGUGUGGUUCCAGAAAAUAUCCACCCCCCACGGAAGGGAUCUGCCGUAUGACCCCCCCUCCCCUCCGGAAUUUCCAAAAUUUUCGCACACCCCCUGGAAAUUUUGCUAUCUCUAAUUGAAGUAAACAAAGAAGUAGUUUUGUUCACUAGGAUGCCAAAUUUUGUAAGUUUCAUGUAUUUUCUGUUGAAUUGUAUAACAGAUAAGCGAAUUCCUUAUGCGAACUCCUUAUGCGCUCAAGUCAAAGACAAAUUUUGUGCAUUUCAUGUAAUUUCUGUUUAAUUCUACAAUUCUGCAAAUGAAAUGCAAGGUCGCGUAGCAAACAUAACCGUACUUUUCUCGCACUGCGUCAAGAAGAAGGAACACUUGGAGAAGUAUAAUAAAAAGAGAUCACAACCUCGUCGCGCGAUAAGACAGUGUGAGUAUGGAAUUUCGUUCUACCAAAUUUGCAUAUUUGAGUUUGCGGUAAAAUUGCGCGUCGCCGAUUUCAUUGAUAAGAAAAUUGUCACGCAAAGUUUAACGUGCUGGAAAAGACUCGUGUAACUUCUUUCUGAUAGAGAAACAGUCAAGAGAAGAAGAAAUGCAACCAAUUAAAAAAAUUUAUUUUUCGUGUUUUGUGUUCUCGACAUGCAAGGAAAAUGAAGUUUCAUUCCGCUGGCGCAUAAACUACAAAAGCGCAAAGAUAAAAAAUAUUAUUUUCGGGAAACUUGUUGGAAAAAAAAACUUAAGUAUUGACUAAAACGUAUGUCGAUACUGUCGAUAAUCAAUUGAUAAUUUGAAAGCGAGCAGAGAUGCGUAACUAUUCAUAUAUGAUACGUUUGGAAACAAAACUCGUGACGUAUGUGACCUGGAGAAUAACACAUCGUUCGACGCGAGUGGCUAGAGACGAAAUGGUUUUGGGAUGGAAACUCGAAUAAAAUUUACCUUUGAACAGAUAGCUUCAGUCGCUCGAACGGUCGCCAAAUUCUUUUCCGAACGGAUAGCCCGAGCCGUUCGAACGGAUAACAAUUUUUUCAAACGGAUAUCCCAAGCUGUUCGGACGGAUGACAAAUUUUUUCGAACGGAUGACAACAUUUUACUUUUUUCAAACGGAUAGCCCAAGUCGUUCGAACGGGUGACAAUUUUUUUUGAACGGAUACCCCGAGCCGUUUAAACGGAUACCAAAUCCGUUUGAAAACGGCAAACCGUAAGGAACGUUUUCGCGUGAGAGGUCACGCAAAGGGACUGACAAAAUAUCUUAGGUUUAGUAGCUCUUUAACUUUCGUCGUGUUUUAUAUCUUCGCAAAUAAAUUGCCGUGGUAAUUUUUUGUGUUUUUUCUCUGUUACUCUCUUACGCGUCACCAGAACCCUCUGGAAAUAUUUCCCUAUCGUGACCCCCCCCCCCCCCCCCAGUGGAAAAUUAGGCAAAUUAACCCCCCCCCCCCGGGAAAACCCCAUCCCUUCCUUGGGGUAUGGAUAUUUUCUGGAACCACACAUUCUAAUAAGUGAACAUUUCUUAAAACAAAUACAAAUGACAGAUAAUGCUGAUCACCUUGAACAAUGUUUCGGCCUCAUUUUUCUGAUGCCAAUUUUUAUUUCUGUAUCUAUCAGACACGUUUUUGAACUUUAAAAUGGUGCCACAUUAACAUUGAAACAUCAUUCGAUUUUAUCUGCGACUAACUAUUUCGUGCUUGUUCUGUCUAUUAAUAUAUUUAACAGUAAUACACUGUAUGUUGUAUUUGUCAUAAAUUAUAGUUAUAACAGUAUUAUACUACCAUUGUUAUAUUUUGCUUUUGAAUAUAAUGUAAGUCCACCCCUGCACUCAUAGGAUAGUGAAGAAAAUUGAUUUUAAAAUGUAGAUACAGUAGUUAUAUUUCGGUUUUGUUUGUGGUAAGAGAGGUGAUGCUCAGAGGUCAUUGAAAAAAAAAUUAAGAGGAUGAACAAUACUCAUGGUGGGUAUCAUACUUUAUAUCUUGUCUUUCACUGAUGUGGCUGCAUAAGAGCUUUUCUGCCCAAAGAACUAAGACCUGUGUGGUCUUCAUCAUGGUCAAAGUCAGUUUGUGGCAUGACUCAACCAUGCACAGAAUCUGUCAAAUGUCCAACUUACAGCCCCUUGCUGUAACAGUUGGCAGUUAAACCCUGUUGGAACCACUGUCAUUGUGGGACAGAUCCCAUACACUCACAGAGUGUGUACUUGAGGUUUUGGAGUCUACAAGCCCUUUAACUAACAGGCUCCCUCUUGGUGCACUGGUGAACUAACUGUUCCUCUAAAGUGAGAGCCUUGAUAAGCAGUUGUUUCAUCAGUGUGCGCAGAUAGCUUGAUAUCUUUGGAAAUAUGGAUCGUCACUUACUUUGCUCUGUGUAGUUCUUUGAGAAGGAGACUACGCAAAUAAACUAUGUAAAGUGUUGGUGUUUGAGAAUGGAGAUUUGGAGAACUUCUUGUUUGGUAUCAUUAAACAUAUUUCCAUCUUUCCUCCCACUUCAGCAUUUCAAGAUCUUCUUGGAACUGUUCACAGUGAUGGAAAUGCAUAGUAAUUUUUGACAGUGAGGUACACUGUGCAAGACGAUACAAUGACUAUAUAAUCUGCAAACAAGUGAACCAUAAGAUUUUAUGAUCUUCGUUAGUGCUGGUUCUGUUGUAGAGCCUUGGGCUUGUGAGAGGGAAGUUCAAGUUAAUGAUCUGAUCUCUUGCUGCCUCCUACUAUAUAUUGCCACUUUGUCAAAAAGGGCGUUGAAUCAAAUGAGGUAGGUUGUCUCUGAGAUCAUGGAUUCUUGUGUGAUGAGUCUGUCACGGUCAUGCAAUACCUUGACAACUGCUUGGCUUGGCCAUUAUGUCAUCAAUCUUCUGACAUGGACGUUAUAAAGCAAGGCCAUUAUUGUGAAUUCUCCAAGGUGAGAUUUACAGGUCAUUGCCCGACAAAAACCAUGCCGCAUAGCGUGAAAAAGGUUGUGCCGUUUAAGGUGAGUUAUGUUACUUCAAACAAUGGUGUUUAGAAGUCUUCUGCAGACACAAGGCAAAGAGAUUGGUCUAUUGUCUCCAGUCUCAUUGUUUGUCAUCUCGCAUAGGUGUAACUAAUUCCCUCUACUAGUCACCUAAUACGUGAAUGCUGGUGUUAUUUGUUGCGAUUAUAAUUAUACAUUCGUUAUUUUUCUAGGACCACAUAAGCGUGUGUGAAUUUGUUGAGUUGGAUUGCCCAAAGGAGUGUGGAAGGAAACUCAAAAGGAGAGACCUUCAAAAGCAUUUAGAAGAAGAGUGUCCUAACAGGACUGUACCAUGCCGAUACUGUCAGAAGCAAGUGAAGUGGAAUGGGCUAGAGGUUUGUUGUUCAUGAUUCCUGCGAAUUAAUUCACCUUUUGAGCGUCAGGUUUCACGUGUAGUUUUACAUGACUUUUGAUGACCUUUGUUGUAAACAAACCCACAAAGUUCGGACAUCUGUUCUCUCUCACAUACUGUACAUGUAGGAACUACGAGUUAGCCUGCGAGCGAAGCGAGUCUCGCGAGAACGAGUGAGCGAGCGGCGAAGCCGCGAGGGGCAGAGGAAACAGGAGAGCUUGCUCGCAGGCUAACUACGAGUCGCUACUUCAAGUUAGCGUUAACUUAUAUGUUUUCCUUCCCUUUCGCUGUUUGAAAAUCGAAUAGUUUAAGGUUCAAAAUGUCAAAGCGGAAGAUCUGGAGUGACUUAAACCGCCUCAAGUGUGGUAAAACAGAAAAAAUAUUCGCCGGUACAUGGAGUUUCAACAAGCGCGUAGAAAUCUCCUGUUCAGUUGAAAGAAUGGUUUUGCAAGGUGGAUCUAAACUUGAAGAAAAUGAAACUAAUGAUGCAGACACAUUUAUAAUUCAUUAUACGGCAGUGUGCUUACAUUUUCGUCUCGACCGCCUUUUAUACGCUGAAAUAUAAGCAAGCUUACAGAUCUCAGAUGGGAUCUCCGCCUUCUGGUCAUGUGAUAGAAUACACUGCCUCCUUUUGACUCUACACGAUUAAAUACAAAUCCAGUUUAUGUUCACAAAAUUCAGGGCUGUCAUUAACAGCUGGGGGGCGGGGAUUUCCCCCGGCUACUAUGAAUGUGGUCCCCGGCUAAUUUUAUUGAAAAAUAAAAGAAAAAUAGAACCAAAAGAAAUUCCUUGCUGUUUGAUUCCCCGCCUACUUGUUGUAUCUACCCGGCAACUUGAAAUUUUAGUGACAACCCUGUCAAAAGCCUGCACUUUUUUGCUACCACAUCUUGAUUCAACCUCAGUAAGUAAAUGCCAUCAACAUAACCGUCAUCAAAAGUGUCGAGUCCCUGUUUGCCGUAAUAUACAAAUCGAAAAGGAAAAUGUCAAACAACAAAUAGCCAAACGGUCUUUGUAGCGAAAAUGGAUUGGAAAGUGUGAUCGCGUGUGAUCAUGAAUUUUGAAAUGUGAAUUAUGUAUGUAUCAUGAAAUUUGCCUUCAUCACCGGUUUUAUCUCUUUCGAGGUUUAGUUCCAGUGUUAAAACCAUUUCAGCUGCUGAGACGGGAAUUUCCACUGCAAGCACUCCUCGUUCCUGCUGUAACUUCUGCUAUGUUCUUGGCCUUAAAAUCGCUCUUAUUCUUCUGCUCAGACAUUUUUGAACCUUAAACUUUUCGAGUCUCAAACAGCGAAAGGGAAAUAGCAUUUAUAAACUAACGCAAACUUGAAAUAGCGAGUGUAGUUCGUACAAGUACAGUAUGUGUCAGAGAACGAAUGUCCGAACUUUGCGGGUUUGUUUACAACAAAGGUCAUCAAAAGUCACGUGAAACUACACGUGAAAUCUGACGCUCAGAAGGUGAAUUGUGUACUGGAAGACUUCAUUUGUCAGAAGAUUGUCAAAGGAGAAGCAAAUGCUCAAACUAAUUGUCAGAGGAGUUUUCAAGGAGAGACAAAUGUUCAAAUUUGUCAGAAGAAUUUUGAAGGAGAAACAAAUGCUAAAAUUUUGUCAGAAGAGUGUUAAAGGAGAAGCAAAUGCUCACAAGGAUAAAAGAAACCAAAAUAACUGGAUUUGCGCAAGAUCUCUAAAAGGGAAUGUCAAACUCGACAGGAAUCAAGCAGGAGCCCUUGUCACAACUCACACAAUUUGUGACAAAGUACCUGCUGUACCUUUGGCAGGUGCUUUAUCUUUCCUUACAGACGAGUUCAACCAGAUACUGUGUAGUGCUUUGUAAUGAGUACACACACUAGAUCACAAUCGGACAUGGUUGGUUGUAGCCUCCAUAAGCAGUCAUGUUCCAAAAAAGGUAUUGUGUCCAUGCACAAUUUAAGGUUAAAUCAAAAAUGCCCGAAUCCCUUCUGUAGCCUGUGACGAAUUGGAGAAUUAUUUUUAUCAAAAGUUAUUAUGUGGUCAUAAAAUCUGCCUUUUGCCACAUUUAUGCAAUUAUUUUUACUUUCUUAGCAAUGAACUUGUUUGACGUAAACAAAAGAUGAUGUUUCCAUUUUUAAUCAUUUUGUUUAGUUACCAUGUACUGUUUAGUAACUUUAUCAGUCUUGUCAAAAACGGUGCCUUCAAACUAAAACAGGACUUUUUACUCGUGCAUUGCAAUGUUUGUAAUAAAGUCUGCCAUUAUUUUUUUCUUCAGGAACAUUUCCAAGUUUGCCCCAAAUAUCCGCAGGCUUGUGAAAAAUGUGGACAAGAAAACAUACCAAGAGAUAUGGUAAAUCACAUUUCUGUCGCCUCGAAUGUCUUGCUCUCUUUACGAAAUAUGUAAUUAAAUAGGCGAGAAAAGGAAGUUUUAUGGAAGUCUCUCCGUUCUUCAUGAUUAAUAUUAUUUAGGAUUUUUGCUCCUGUAAUUCUUGUAAACCUGUGUACAUGUAAAUGUCUUGAAAACGUUUUAAUGACAGUGAUUUGCCAUAACUGGUUUCUGUUGGUACCCAUUUCCCUGCUAAUUAGAGAGGGAGAAUGAGAGGUCGCGUAAACGUAAAACUUUAAAAGUUGAGCGAGGUUCAACUUUUACGUUUAGGGGCGACGUUUGGUACAUCGUCUCUACCUGAUUUAGGCACGUAAAGACCGUUAAGUGUACGUCGUAAAUACCUGAAAAAUUAUGCAACAGUAAAAAACCGCUCUUACAGAGUAAUGACGCUAGAGAAAUGAUAGCUUCUAUUUAAUAAAGCAGAUGACAGUUUCUGAAUACAAGUUCCGUAGAAGAGUGAGCUAAGUUGGGAAUGGGUCCCGGCAGUCUCCUGAUUUUCACAUGCGUUAUCACAUCUGCUGUACACAGUGGGUGAUGGUACUGAUAUUGAACAGUGUUGGCAAUGGCGAUGUGUCACUUUUAUUCAGACACAUGAAUUGCUUUUUAUUGCUUGAAGUGGUCAGUUAUUGUUUUUAUAUUUUCCAGAUCGAGGGGCAUUUGGAGAAAGAGUGUCCUAACACAGAAAUUAAAUGCCCUUUUCACGUUGUUGGAUGCACGUACGAGGUAUGACAGCUGUUUGUAGUUGAGAAAUACUGGCAGCAUAUAUUGCAGGGUCUAUGAAACACUUGGGCUCUUUCGUGAAGAAUCAAUUCCAUCAUCAUCAUAAUAUUGAGGUGAUGAUUAUGAUAAGUAAUCUCUUCGAGAUGAGCUUGGGAGCGGGAUAAUAAAUGCCAUUAUAAUAAUAAUGAUGAUGAUGAUGAUGAUGAUAAUGUUAACUUGGUCUCUUUAGAAAAUUAAAAAAGCAAAAGAACAAUCCCCGUGAUCUCUCUCUUUACUUACUCGCAGUGUAUGGCUAAAAUUCAUUUUAGGGUUUUGAAUGCCAAAGAAUUUAGUUCAUAGGAACGAUGAUCAACUGACCGGGUUUAUUAAAACACUCACGAACUCUAAAAGCUAAAAGACCAUACUAGAACGACGACUUUUUACUCAAAUGCGAUUGUUACACCAGCUGCUUUCCUUCCUUAUAUCUAUAGGUGCUACCUUUUAUAUAUAUAUAUUUAUUGAUUUAUUCCAUUUUAUUUUUGCUUUUUCUUUACUUCCAUUCUUUUGCCGACUUUAUAGGAGACAAUUAUUGUAUUGUUGCCCACGCAGAAUAGCUCCGCUAAUUGCGGUUAACAUAGACUUAAAUUAUUUGAUAAUUGAAUAAACUGUUGUUGCUGCUGCGAGUAGCACUGCGGUUUUAAGAAAAGUUAUAAUUGUUUGUACAAAGUCUCAGCGCUCCAAGCUCAUUUUUUCAAUAAGUCGCCUUUUGGCGACCUUCAUUUUUAAAAUGGUCGCCAAUGGAAAAUUUCGGUCGCCAAAAUUGUCGUUUCAUUAACGCAAGACACUUCAUGCUACUUACAUGAAGGAGCUACUGCUGAACGUUGUGUACGGAAAUAAAUCGUGUUUUUAACACUCCAUUGUUACUUGCCUGCGGGUUGUAAACGCAGUACAAGAUGGCAAAAACAGGCAAAGACAUUUAUGAGAGGUAACCAGAACAAUUUACUACAAAGGCGGAUGUUGAAACCCGGAACAUGUAUUUGCAGUGAUAUCAUUGAAACAAAUCUGAUCAGAUACGAUUACGUGAAUAUACAUUUGUUCGUACCGUCUACUUGCUAAGAAACAUCUUUCUUUAACUAAAUCAUUGGCAUUGAAACCACUCACAUAUGUAAAUUAAAACUUGAAUCAACAAUAACAAUAACAAUAACAAUACUUCUGGCCUAAAUAAACUGCACGUCUGGUCGACUGCCACUCUUUCUCGCCUGCCGACGUCAGCAUUAAAAUAAACAGUGUUUUCUCUGAGUAGGAACACUCCGCAUUUGCUUCAGAGAGCUUUUCGUGAUUAGCAUAGAAUUCAGCGUUUAAAAAUAGUUCACAAGCAGUCAGAAAUCGUAAAGUUCCAUUUAGCGACUCAUCUCCCUUCAUUAAAACUGACGCAGAAUUAUACAAACAAUUCCCGUCCCCGGAAACUUGAAGAGCCCGUAGACCACGUGGAAGAUUUUCAUCAUCCGGAAUCAAUGCUGUUCCAAGUGAAUCUUCUUCAUAGUUGUUGAAGGUUAGUUCCGAGAUGCUUUUCUUAUGGAGAAUUUCCUCGUGUUCUCCCUUUAACUUGAUGACUUUUUCGGUUGCUGACGGAUCACCGCUUGCGAAUAGAUCGCGUACUUUUUCAAAUAUUCUCUCGAAGUCUGUCAUUCUUCAUUACUAUUUCCUCAGCAAGAGCAAUAGAAAUAAGCAAAUGACAGCCAGCUACGCGCGAAUGGGGAUUUCACAUCAGUUUAUUGACAGCAGCGCUGGGCAUAAAAGACUACACAGACAUUUGACCUCCAGCUGUGAUUCAGACAAAGAACUCCUCUUUGUCUUAUCUGCAUGAGAAUGUGGUAUGGGAAAGUCUCGGGGGAAAGUGGUGUUGCCGAAAACUUUGAUGCGGCUUUUAUUGAUAUUUUUGCAAGAAAAUCAUGUUUACCACUGAUUUCGUCGAUUUUUCGCUGAUUUUUUAUAUCCAAAACAAAUCCCGCUCAUACAAAGCCUUUGAGCUGACUGCAUGCAAACUUUGUCAUUCACCAAGGGGUCUAUCUAUUUUUAGUAAUUGUGCACAGCACCAUCAACUCCACGUGUUGCCUAACCUGCGAGAGCAUCCGGUUUUUUCGGCACUAGCUUCACAAAUCACAACGCUUGUGAAACUAGAGCCGAUAAAACUGAAUUCUCUCGCAGGCUACGUGUAGCCAGAUCAGCGUGAAAAGUGCCUGACUUAACUUUUCUCACGGGAAAUUUAAUAUUUCUUCAUGAAACACAUUUACUCCAACAAAAGUAUUUUUAUUGAUGAAUAUAAUAAAAACAGCUUUUAUUUAAAAAAAAACGCAAUAAACGCAACUUACAAGAGCAUACGACUUGCCAUCUUUUGUGUCAAAAAUUUAACUGUUUCUGUCGGGGUGGCCUGGGUGUAAGUCAACCCCCGCCGGAAGUUUCGGAAGUAGUUUGGGCUCUCCCCAGUUUCUCCCACCUGAGUUUUCAAAAUGGCCGCUCAAUGAAUUUGAAGCUGCGAUACGCAGAUCCUUAUGCCAGAACUGUACACAUGUCUUGCCAUGCAAGAGGAACAGAUUCAUCAUUGAAUUUACACAGAAGAAAAGCUUGGUAAUAUUUCUUUAAUUUAACGAUGAUUCCGUUAAAAAGCGAUAAAACGUGAAGUCAACAUUAUUCUUUUGAGGUUAUAUCCUUUGGUGGCCAAAUGGCGACUUUCGCCGAUAAUUCAGUCGCCAAUUUUUUUUUUCACUCGCCAUGGCGACCAAAAUGGUCGCAGCUUGGAGCGCUGAGUCUACCGUGAAAAUUUGCAAGAUUCGUUAAGACCCUUACUUUAAGCUAAAACGGAAAACGGAAACUACGAAUUUUACGAACAUUUUGGUAUUUAAAAUGCAAAUAAAGGUGGGGAGGGCCCUUAAAUCACGAAAAUCGCAAAUAAUUGCGGUGACGAGAAACUAUCGUAAGGUUCGAGGAGGCCGUUAACGAAAUUGCCGUAAGAAAGUAGAAUAAAAGGCAGUCUGUGACUGCAUGUAGCUACUGCUUUACUUCUGUACAACAUUGUAGUAAAAAUAUGCAAUCACGAAGCUCAGGAAAGGGGCCAGCGUUAGGAUUAAAAGGGAAAAGAUAAUGAAAGUGUAAAAAAGUGCGCUUACCGAUACACCUUUCGCAAGGUUCACAGCCAUGCCACAAGGCUAGGAGUGAGAACACUCCACAGAUGGGUAAAAGGAUCCUAUUGAAUGCAUUUUUUGUGGAUUUUCUGACUGAAAACGCCGUCUAAAGCUAGCCUAGCCAUAACAUGAAUUUAAAGCUUGAUUUCGGGAAAUAAGAAAGGUUUUGACGGUACAAAGCCGAACUUGAACGUAUUUCAUCGCAUUGGAAGCACACGUGGCCGACAUAGUCGGUGGAAACUAAGUCGUCUGCGAAGUGGGACGCAAAUCCGAAGCUAGUCAAAUUCAACACACUAUUCCACGACAAUAACCUUUAUUUGCGACCACCUCCUGCAAGCGACCACUUCACCAAAACACGAGCAUUUUCCCAGUCAAUGCCCUACAGCCGGAUCAUUCGUUAACUACUCCCUUUUGGGUAACAGAUUUUGCGGCCGACUUCAAGAGAACGCAACUUCUAAUCUUAGGAACCCGUGGUAGUCGUGUGUCGUCUGCUUUUUCGGCGCCAUUUUGUAUUAUGUUAUGUGUGUUCGAUCAAAGUCAACCAGAUGAUGCAACAAAUGUCGAAAGUACGGGAGUUAUUUGAGCUUGAAAAAGUUUGAAAGUUGGAGUUGUUUUCGAUGCAGAUUUCAUCGCUGACCUGGCGAUUCUGGCCUUUUUUGGUCUUACUGUAUCUGGCGAUGUUGUACCCGUCAAAUCGAGCUGAAACUUUGUAGAAAGACAAAAAAAACCACCAGGUAACAUCCGGAUACUUUCCGUCUGCCUUCUGUACGUUUGAGUCUAUUUAUUGGCAGUAUUAUUUCUUUCUUGCACGAGAAACAUUCUGGGAUUCACUUUGCUUUAACCGUGCAAUCUUACGUCUGAUAUAUCUGUGGAGAAUUUUGUUGAUAAGACGAUCUCGCCAAGCAAUUUGAGUUUAAAACGCGGUGAACCGACCUACACGGACUGAGUGAAGAUGAACGGUUCGCACAGUUGUAAAAGAUUUUGUACCUCACGCGAAGUCCGGUUCACUGACCUCUGUAAUCUCGCCAAAACCUUUGUGUUUCUGUCGCUAUGAGCGUUCUAAACUUCAAGUUGUGUCACGCAAGAAGCCAGGAUUAAGUUCGAGGUUUUCCAUGGUUUUGGACGUUUGUAGUGUGGGAAUAUGCUGUUUAUCUUUGUACAAAAUAGAGCUUUCUACGAUCUAUCCCUCAUACCUUCGACCAUUCUCAAAGAUAAAAAAGACAUUUUAAAAUAUGAAGCAGUCUAAACGGAGAGCUUAGCAAGAAUUAAAAACAUUUCCAUGUAUUUUACCCUAUUUUGAAAUAAUUCUUGACGGUAAAGCUAAUAAAACUCGAACGUCCUUGAUUAGUACUAGCAUAUACCUCUUAUAAGCACCGACUUCACUCAUACUCUGAUCACAGUAGUAUAGUAGGGACCGAAUUUACCUUCCUUUUGUCUCCUUGCUCGGAGUAACCGGAGAGCCCUAUACCACUGUCGUAAGCCAACAGCGACAACGUUUGCUUUUUUUGUACAGCCAGCAUGUACGCUCAUUUGCCGGUGAAGCGCCAAUAUCAUCUUCUAAUACAAUUUAUCAAACACGAAGCACAGUGUUUCUUUAUGUAUUAAACACAACGAACACAACUGACUUCUACUUUCGGUCACCGCUACAACAGCCCGCUGUUUUUUCUCUUAUAAUUAAUAAUAAUAAUUUAUUAUUAUUAUUUUAUUAUUAAACAACAACGGCCAACUCUCCACAACCCUAAGUAUUGAGCUGUCUGAAAACACUGUUUGGUUAUAUGCAAUUCCUUAAAUAAGACGAUUUUGCAGUAGAAAUAGGUGGCACGAAAACUAGGAGUGUUUCAUUAGAUUUACGUCACACGCAGUGAACAGGGGUCAAUUUGAUAAAACUUUUAAACGUGUAAUUUACAAGUGUAGCUGUUGUUCUCAGACUCUAAAACAAUGGCUUCACUUGUAAAUUAGACGUGUAAAAGUUUUAUUAAAUUGACCCCAGGUUACUUUUCUCUUUAGCUUUUGAAGUAUCAGAGUUGAGAAUUUUAAUCCAGACCUUCUUUUUUCUUACUUAUGUUAGGGUUUGCGAGCCAAUGUCAACAAACACAUUAUGGAGCAGCUGACCGGUCACUUGACCGAUAUGUCAAAGCAAAUUGCUGCUUUAUCUAGGUCCCGUGAAACAGAACCACAAACUCAGCGAACUGCUCCAAGACGCACUCGAGGUGAUGUGGGAGCCCGCCCUCAAGAACAGGCUGCCCAAGAAGUCUAUUUGAGUGAAUUGUCAACGCAGACACACAGUCACCAAGGUGAGAUAGAUGAACUGAGACAUAGGAUCACCAAUACUGCCAACAAUUUACAUCAUUUGGAGCGUCGGCUGGAAGAAAUUCGUAUGAGGCAGGAAAGACCAAUACAAGAACUCACAAUGCGGUAAGUGUCACAAACAUACAUACAGAUCAGGUGCACCCAACAAUGGUUUCCUCCUAAAUACACUGAAAACGAUUUUUAGUCUAUCCAGAGUACUUCUACAUGUCUAGAAAUUCACUCUCUCAAAGCAGUGCUAUAAAAUUUGUAUCUUUUUGUCAUCCUAGGGCAACCAACAUGAGCCUUUUUGAAUUUAAAAAAGGCUUAAGUAUUAUUUUCCGGAAAAAUUUAGAUACAAUUCAUUAACGGUUUACGAAAGGAAUAAUUUUUCUGGCUCCUCUUUCCAUCACAUUUCCGGAUCGGUAAAUUUUUGGUUUCCUUUUCAUCCGAAAAAUAACUAAACCUGGGCAGUGAAACGUGAAAAAUUCACCUUGUAAAAAUCAUGUAGAAUGUAUUAAAUAAGCUUCGAAAAUCGUACAUGAAUGGAACGGUCAUCAAAAAAUUUUAAGCCGUCCUCAAGCUUUAGGAAAUUGUAGGCAAUAUUUGCUUAGACGAACAGUUUUUUUUUAUCGAAAAUAGCCGUUGUGUGCCCCUUACAAAUCUCAGUAACCUGUGCUGUGGGUGACUUACUGCUGGCAAACAUGAAAUGAUAACCCAGGGAUGAAUGGAUGGCAAAGUUGGGUUGUUUGGUUAGUGCUGUGGUUAGGUUAUGGCAUCAUCGACAGCUUGAAUGAAGACCUGAAAAUUCCCUGAGAUGCGGCCUUCUUUCAGUGACAAGGCACUUUGAAAUUCUCUUAAUGGCUAAAGGAUUGUUAUAGCACACUCGCUGUAGGUCUUCUGGGAUUACUGGGUUGACAGCUAAAUUUGCAGUGAAACAACUACAUCAUUUCAGCUUUGAUUAUUGUUUUAGGUAAUUUAUUUUAAAGUGAAAACAAAUGCAGUUUGACGGAGUUAACAACAAGGAGCUGUAGUCUUCUUUUUCAGUCCGCGCCACUUAAUAGAUGGUGAUAUCAUUUUGUGCCAUCUUGGCCUUGACAUUAGAAAUGGUCUUUGAUAUUUCUCAGAUUUAACCGCUAUGAAGCCAAGUUGUUGGAGUAUGAAGGGCGUGUCUGUAACGGUUCGUAUAUCUGGAGAAUCGAAAACUAUCGCCAGUGUCGGCAAGAUGCCAUCAAUGGAGUCAUGACUGCAAUACACAGCCCUGCUUUCCAUACCAGCCUGUAUGGCUAUAAAUUAUGCAUGAGGAUCAAUUUAAACGGUGUAGACAGUGGCGUGGGAAAACACGUGGCUUUGUUCGUUCACAUGAUGCAGGGAGAUUAUGAUACGAUCCUGGAGUGGCCCUUUACAGGAAGAAUUGCGCUGUCCAUCUUGGAUCAGUCUGAUGCGUCGGAGUUUCGUCACCAUAUCAGCGAAACGCUGGUAGCAAAACCCAAUUUACUGGCAUUCCAGAGGCCCACAGCACCGCGCAACUAUAAGGGGUACGGCUACGUAGAGUUCGCUCCCAUCGAGCAGAUUCGCGAAGGGCAAUACGUUAAAAAUAAUACCAUGCUGGUGCGCAUUCAGAUUUUUCAUUAG